CUCCCCCUCCUUUUCUUUCCCCUACUCCUCUCUUCCCAAGCUGGAUCAGUGUGUAGGGAGGGCAGUCAUCACACCAUCCUGAGCAGCAAGAGCUGACGUUGGACGAAGCUGCCAGGUAGCUGAAAAAAGGCACAGAAGGCAGCUGAUACCCACUUUUCAACGGUUUGUGGUUUUUUUUUAGUCUGUAUCUGGACUUCAAGCAACACAGCGCCCGAGACAGCUCAUCUGAACCACACUGUAUUGCAAUACUCGCUCUUCUCAGAGAAAAAGACUCCACUGAGCAGCAGAAUGCUGUCAGUGUUGCAGCCAGGGCUACAAUACAGAGCCUUUUUGUAACACUGAAAAUAUCUUUCUGUUCAGAUAUUUGAAAUAUAUACAUACACUUAUAUAUCAGUUCUUUCUUUUUUGAGGACACCUUUGGCUUGUUUUGUUGUUUGUUUUUUUUGGGGUUUUUUUACCCUGAUGUGACUUCUUCAUUUUGGAAUGAUGGGGAUCUUUCUAGCUUAUAUUGGAUUCAUUUUCUUUUCAGUUAUGUAUAUUCAACAAGGAUUUUCUACCCAAGCAAAAUUCACAGAGUUUCCCCGAAAUGUCACGGCCACUGAAGGGCAGAACGUGGAGAUGUCUUGUGCUUUCCAAAGUGGCUCUACUUCGGUGUACCUUGAAAUCCAGUGGUGGUUUCUGCGGGCAGCUGAGGACCAAGAGGCUGGAGCUGAGGUGACAGGCACUCAGGUGGAGCUCCUGCCCGAGCGGGACCUGGACAGCGACGGCACAAAGAUCAGCACAGUGAAAGUACAAGGGAAUGACAUCUCCCACAAGCUGCAGAUUUCGAAAGUGAGGAAAAAGGAUGAAGGCUUGUAUGAGUGCAGGGUGACCGAUGCCAACUAUGGAGACCUUCAGGAAUACAAGGCCCAGGCAUUUCUCAAAGUCAAUGCUAAUAGCCACUCUCGGCGAAUGCAAGCCUUUGAGGCAUCCCCAAUGUGGUUGCAAGACAUGAAACCUCGUAAAAACAUCUCAGCAGCUGUCCCAAGUAGCAUCCAUAAUUCUGCCAAUCAGCGUGUACGUGCCACCUCCAGCCCUGAAGCAGCAGCCAAAAUCCCCAAACAAAGUCCACAAUCAGUGCAUGCCAAGACAUUCAUGGGCACCAGAGCCAACCUGGCGAGCUAAUUAAAUAAAUAAAUGUAUAUGUUUAAAACAGCCUUAUAAGGAGCAUUGGAAAUCUGCAAGAUGAGCGAAUAUCUUAUAACUUCUUCCGCAGGUGCGAGGAUAGCUACAAGCCAUGGACUUUCUGUCCUGCUUCUUGUUUGUGGCUUUGUGAAGGGUGCUUUGCUUUAAUCUAAAAGUGCUGACUUUUUCCAAUAUCACUUUCUCUUCUUAAAGCAAAGAGCAAAUCGCCUGUAAAAUCCACGGAGCGGACAGCAAAGUUGACCCUAACCUCCAACCACCACUCUGCACCCAAUGUACUCUAAAUCUCUACACAAGGAGCACCUUCUUCAGGAAGUACAAACAAAAUUACUAAAUAAAUAAAAUAAAAUAAAAUAAAUAUAAAAAAGAAGAGGAUACCACAUGUUUUCUUGAUAUAUCUUAUUUUCUUUGGCGUAUCACUGAUAUUCUUUUUGAAGAGAACUGGUGUGAUGUAAUCAAACUUUUUGUAACAGCAAGACCUAGUUUCCUUUUCUUUCGGCAAGGAGAAGCCUCAUCCUUGACUUCUCAGGGGUUGGCCUGCAAGUCUUCAGUAUUACAGAAUUAACCAUGGAUGACACUUGGUUUCCUAUGCUGAAAGAACCGUUCCAGCCUGGGAGCAAAAAUAGGCAAAUAAUAAAAAAAACAUAGUGAUUUAACAUAAAUGGAAUACACACUUUAUCAAAAGGCCUUUUUUUUCUUUUUUUCUUUUUUUUCUUUGCAUGAGGAAUAGGAAGGAGAAAAUAUAUUCUACAAAGCAGCUCAGCAGAUGAGGGGAAGUUGCUUCUGAAAAACAUAUGAGGCUGUUUUUCUUUUGAGAUUUGUUUUUCUUUUUGCUUUUCAAUAUAUUAUCCUUUUCUCCCUUUGACGUUUUUUUCCUGUCUUUCUGUUUAUUUCUUGUUCAAUGGUGGCAAGUACCAACUUAGGCCAACCCCUGAUGACUAUGUGGAGGUUUAAAUAUAUACAUCCUGGUUUUUUUGUGUGUGCGUUCUAUAUUUCAGUGUGUUUUAUCUAAUUUUGCAACUCCUGUAUAUGCAAAACUAACUUAAAUUCUGUAAAUUGCUUAAAGUCUAUGUGAUAUAACUUCAGAGUAGACAUACUUUGGUCCUCAUGCAAGCCAGUUUUUAAUAUUAUCUGUAUGUUGUGCCACCAAGAAACAUCUUUAUUUCCUUUUUUGAUAAAACACCACUUUUUAGUUUGUAAUUCAGUAAUGUGUGGAUUUUGUAAUGCAUAUCUUCACUUUGACUGGUUUGACCCCCUUCAGCCCUCUGUUUACUCUGUAAAUGCACAUUAAAAUUUGUUAUGGUCUCUAGACAAUGAAUUAUUUUAGUUUGUAUGUUGUGUUGGAGUUCAGAUGCUGAAAGCUCUUUGAACUUGUGAUGUUUAUAGAAGAUGAAGUGAUUCAAUCACUAGAGACUGUAAAAUGCAGGUAUGCAGUCAAAUACUGCACAUAAAGGAAGGUUAGAAACAGAAAACAGACAAAUAAACUAGAACAUGUCUUUAAGGAUGUUCUUUUGGUAAAAAGUUAUAGGAAAGUGAAUUUAUUACACUGGUAAAAUAUAUUUGCAUCACAGCUCCUUCUACAUGGCCAAAGAAGUGUCUUUGAAAGUGGAUUGUCAUUACUCAUUGAUAUUACUAAUUAAAAUACUUUCUGUCUGUGAACUGAA